AAAAAAUCUCUUAGUUAAAUCUUUCUUUGAGCCAUGGCCAAGUUGUCCUUCAAUUCAUUCUCAAUUCUCCUCUCUCUUUCCUUGGCUUCCUUCAUUCUAACUUCACAUAACCUCUUCUCCAUCUCCACUGCUUUUGAAGCUGAAGUUGAUGAUGAAACAGCUUUCAGCUACGAUGAAAGUAGUGGAAACGGACCAUCAAGAUGGGGGCAGCUCAAUCCAGAAUGGCGAAUUUGCAACAAUGGAACCAUGCAGUCUCCCAUUGAUAUUCCUGUCUCAAGAGUGCCGCCUCGUAUGGGCAAUUUGACGAUAGACUACAAGCCUGCCCCUGCCACACUUCAAAAUAGAGGACACGAUAUCGCUGUUUAUUGGAAUGGAGAUGCAGGUGGAAUUAACAUAAAUGGGAUUGAUUUCAAACUCCAACAAUGUCACUGGCAUUCUCCUACAGAGCACGCCUUCGAUGGAAUAAGGUACCAAUUGGAGCUUCAUGCUGUGCAUAUGAGCUCCAAUGGAACAAUUGCUGUCAUUGGAAUUCUAUACAAAUAUGGCUUACCUGAUCCUUUCCUUGCAAAGCUGAUGGCAGACAUCAAGUCGCUGGGGAAGGAAGACAAAGACGUGGGGAUUGUAAAUCCGGAAGACAUCAAGUUUGGGAGCAUAGAGUUCUACUACAGAUACAUGGGUUCUCUUACUGUCCCUCCAUGCACAGAGGGUGUUGUUUGGACUGUACUCAGCAAGGUUAGAACAGUUUCAAGGGAACAAGUUCAAGUAUUAAGGGAUGCUGUCCAUGAUGGAUUCGAGUAUAAUGCAAGGCCCAUACAACCACGAAAUGGAAGAAGCAUUUUGUUUCUCACUUCCAAGACAGGGUAAAAUUAAAAUACAAUCAAAUAAGGUUCACUAUGGUUCACUAUGUACCCAAAUAAAUAAGUAUCUUAGAAUAUGACAUGGUUUAUCUCCAUGCAUAUUGAAUAAAGUAAUCAAAUAAAGGUUAAAUUUUAUGUAUU